AUGAAUGAAGCGACAUCCACCACCGAGAAUGUGGACGACCGCUUCGCAGAGAUCUCGCCGGAACUUCUUCAAGGAAUUCCGCUGCACGUUUGCUUCCAUCGUGGACGCAGCUUGUGGAAUCGUUUAGGCGGAACUCGUUCAGGUGUUACACAGACGACCCGCCGCUAUUCCUACUUCCUCAGUCAUGCCUGGGCAGCUUCGUCCUGGUCGAAAUACCUCGCUCUCUUAGUUCAUUUCAAUGGUGUGCCCGCAGCAAUGGCUGCUUUCCUCACGGGGCUAAUCCUGGGAACAUUGACCUCUCUUGAAAUCAUGCCUUUCGCCAGCUGGAUGCCGAUACUCGCACACUUCGUGCCAGCAUCAGUACUGUUCCUUUGGCAAGAUCUCCGAAGAAUUCUUUGCAGCGAGCCCAUGGUCUUCCUCGACUGCGCGUGCAUACCUCAAGACGAUGAUGCCGUGAAGGCAAAAUGUGUCCGGGGACUCUCCUCCUUCCUUGGCCGAUCGGAUAAGUUGGUAGUCUUGUGGUCGCCCGAUUUCGUUCGUCGCCUCUGGUGCACAUAUGAAGUGGCCUUCUUCUUGAAGCAGAACCAGGCAGAUCAUAUUCUCUUCAUCCCACUUCAAGUGCCAACCCUGUGGUUUCUCAUCUAUCUCGUAGUCUGGAUUACUCGGACGACUUUAUACAUCGCAGACAUCUCUGGGCUCUACGGCGACUCUAUCGUCGGCUAUCUGGGGAUUGUUGGUGGA